AUGGAGCUAAUAAACCUGCGGAACGAGCACACCACAAAAGUGACUCACGGCCUUGGUCUUCAGCUCGCCGAGUUCGGCAAAAUCGACCCUCCAACUUGCUGCUCAACGGCAAAUGAGCCCGACGGUAUCGACAACCAGAGCAGCCUCUCGUCUACCACAGACUACCUCGAUGAGGGCAAUAUAGCUAGCAUUGGUUCAUAUGCUAUAGAGAAGCUGCCUGGACCCGGCAUUGAAGCCACACACCAUCGGCAGCAGCUUGAGGAAGCCGUCGAGAAUUUUGUUGAGGAAUUGGUUGCCCUCAAGCUCAAGGCAGAGGGCACUAGUCUGCAUCUCACCUCUAGUAGCACAGGGCCUCAGGGAGUUGGGUCCUUUGGGUCCAGUUCUGGGGAUUCGUCCCUGAAAAGAAAGACCAGCGGCGGCGGCGGUGGCGGUUCACGAUUCCGACGCCCAAGGAAAGAUGACGACCAUGGGGACAAUGGAGAUGCUAGUCGCCGGAAUAGUGGUGGAGACGGGCCGCCUGGGAAUAGCAAGUCACCGGACCCGGAGAAGAGCCACCCGUUGGAGUUUAUGUGCCCUUACCGAUUGAAGGACCCGAUUCGUUUCAACGUUAGGGAGUGGUACGACUGCGCCACCAAGGUCUACAUUUGCGAAGGGUCAGGGUCAAAACGAAACGAGCUUCAUGAGCUACGGCGCCACAUCAAACAACGGCACUCUGGCCCUGGAAUCUUGUCACUUCACUACUGCUCGACAUGCAAGGAAGAGUUUCCGAGCCCGACCCUCCUUGAUGAGCACGCCAAACAGGGGGCGUGUGUCUACAGAGAGCUUCCAUCCAGCAACGACCCGCUGGAUGGGCGAAGCCCAGAGGCAGAACGGACAUUGAGGAGCAAGCAGGGCCGCCAGGGGGAUAGCGCCCUUUGCCAAUAUAAAAAAAUCUGCCAAAUUGCCCUAGGCGAUAGCUCCGAUGUACCCAGUCCCGGUAAACUUCCGCCGCGCCGCUGCGAGGACAGUGAAUGGAGCUAA